UCCCCCCCCCCCCCCACACCCCCACACCCCGCCCCGCCCGCGCGGAUUCUCCAUGUAUGGAUGCGCCGAGGGAAGGAUGCUGUGAGCUGACCGGAGAGAGAGCCGCUGCUGAGGAGAGGAAGAGGCGCCGCAGCGACCUGGCGCGGCUUUGAACGCUGCGAUCGUUGGGUUCUGAGUUGAGGUACCAGGUGUGUGUCGACAGCCCCCCUCCUCACUCGCACACCCUCCUUUCGACAUGGCGGUGGCUUCAGUGAAGGUGGCCGUGAGGGUCCGGCCCUUUAACUCCAGAGAGAUCGGGAAGGACAGCAAGUGCAUCAUUCAGAUGUCGGGAAACACCACAACAAUCCUGAACCCCAAACAGCCGAAAGAGAACAAGAGUUUCAACUUUGACUAUUCUUACUGGUCACACACCACGCCCGAGGACCUGAGCUUUGCUUCUCAGAAGCAGGUGUACAGGGACAUUGGCGAGGAGAUGCUGCUUCACGCCUUUGAAGGCUACAACGUGUGCAUAUUUGCAUACGGGCAGACAGGAGCGGGCAAAAGCUACACUAUGAUGGGACGACAGGAACAGGACCAGCAGGGAAUUAUUCCUCUGCUGUGUGAGGACCUUUUCACCAAAAUCCAUGGCACCAAUACCGACAACAACAUGUCCUACUCAGUGGAGGUGAGUUACAUGGAGAUCUACUGUGAGCGCGUGCGUGACCUGCUCAACCCCAAGAACAAAGGAAACCUGCGUGUCCGGGAGCACCCGCUGAUGGGACCCUACGUGGAAGAUCUGUCCAAACUAGCCGUCACCUCCUUCAACGACAUCCAGGACCUCAUGGAGUCUGGAAACAAGGCCAGGACUGUAGCUGCAACCAACAUGAACGAGACCAGCAGCCGCUCCCACGCCGUCUUCAACAUCAUCUUCACGCAGAAGAAACACGACAUGGAUUCGGAGAACACCUCAGAAAAGGUCAGCAAGAUCAGCCUGGUGGACUUGGCUGGCAGCGAGAGAGCCGACUCAACCGGAGCCAAAGGAACCAGACUUAAGGAAGGAGCGAACAUCAACAAAUCUCUGACUACUCUGGGAAAAGUUAUUUCUGCUCUGGCUGAACAAGACUCAGUACCAAACAAGAACAAGAAAAAGAAGAAAGUGGAGAAUUUUAUUCCCUACAGAGACUCGGUUCUGACUUGGCUUCUGAGGGAGAACUUGGGAGGAAACUCUCGUACGGCCAUGGUGGCCGCCCUCAGCCCUGCAGACAUCAACUACGACGAGACUCUCAGUACCCUCAGGUACGCCGAUCGCGCCAAACAGAUCCGCUGCAAUGCCGUGAUCAACGAGGACCCCAACAACCGUCUGGUGCGCGAGCUGAAGGAGGAGGUGGCUCGCCUCAGAGACCUGCUGUUUUCACAAGGCCUGGGAGACAUCAUAGAGACGUAUCACUGCAACGGCCCGGUCAUCGCUGGUUUGAAAUACCUGUGCGAUUACAAGAACUUUGUGAAUAAUCGCCAGGCUGUCAAUCAAAGGGGUGAUCUCUCCGCAGUGUCCAAUGCCAUGACAGGAAUGAGUCCCUCCCCCUCUCUGUCGGCGCUGUCCAGUCGCGUCGGCUCCAUCAACAACCUCCAUGACCGCAUCUUCAGCCCGGCCAGUGAAGAGGCCAUCGAGAGGCUCAAGGAAACCGAGAAAAUCAUCGCAGAGCUUAAUGAGACUUGGGAAGAGAAGCUGCGACGUACUGAGGCCAUCCGCAUGGAGAGGGAGGCCCUGCUGGCUGAAAUGGGUGUUGCCAUGAGAGAAGAUGGAGGAACUUUGGGCGUUUUCUCCCCGAAAAAGACGCCUCAUCUGGUGAACCUCAACGAGGACCCGCUGAUGUCAGAGUGUCUGCUGUAUUACAUUAAAGACGGCCUCACCAAGGUUGGCCGUGAAGACGCCAAGUCUCGGCAGGACAUUGUUCUCAGCGGCCAUUUUAUCAGAGACGAACACUGCACCUUCAGCAGCACCACGGGUCCUCUGGGAGAAGAAUGUGUCAUCCUGGAGCCAUGCGAGGGCUCCGAGACGUACGUCAACGGGAAGCGGGUUAGCUCUCCCACAGUUCUCCGAUCCGGGAACCGCAUCAUCAUGGGAAAGAGCCACGUGUUCCGCUUCAACGACCCGGAGCAAGCUCGCCUGGAGCGAGAGAGGACGCCGUGCGCCGAGACGCCGGUCGAGCCCGUCGACUGGGCCUUCGCUCAGAGAGAGCUGCUGGAGAAGCAGGGCAUCGACAUGAAGCAGGAGAUGGAGCAGAGACUUCAAGAGCUUGAAGAUCAGUACCGCAAAGAAAGGGAAGAAGCCAGCAACCUGCUAGAACAACAGAGGCUGGACUAUGAGAGUAAACUGGAGGCUCUUCAGAAACAAGUGGACUCUCGGUACCUGGAGUCUCCUGAGGAAGAGGAGGAGCCUGAAGAGGAAGUGCCCUGGACGCCUCGUGAGACCGAGUUGGCUCUGUGGGCUUUCAGGAAGUGGCGUUUUUACCAGUUCACGUCGCUCAGGGAUCUGCUUUGGGGCAACGCCAUCUUCCUAAAAGAGGCCAAUGCCAUCAGUGUGGAGCUGAAGAAAAAGGUUCAGUUCCAGUUCGUCUUGUUGACGGACACUCUGUACUCUCCGUUGCCCCCCGACCUGCUGCCCCCGAGCGUAGCCAAAGAGAGGGAGAGACGACCUUUCCCCCAAACCAUCGUCGCUGUUGAAGUGCAGGAUCAGAAGAACGGAGCCACACACUACUGGACUCUGGAGAAGCUCAGACAGAGGCUGGACCUGAUGAGGGAAAUGUACGACCGGGCCGCGGAGCUCCCCAGCAGCGGCGUGGAGGACUGUGACCACGCUCUGAGCGGGGGCGACCCCUUCUACGACCGCUUCCCAUGGUUCCGUCUGGUUGGCAGGGCUUUUGUGUACCUGAGUAACCUGCUGUACCCGGUGCCCCUGGUACAUCGCGUGGCUAUCGUCAGUGAGAAGGGAGAGGUGAAAGGCUUCCUCCGAGUGGCCGUGCAGGCCAUCUCAGCUGAUGAGGAGGCCCCUGAUUACGGCUCUGGUGUGAGGCAGUCAGGCACCGCCAAGAUCUCCUUUGAAGACAAACAGUUUGAGAAGUUCCAGACCGAGUCGUGUCCUGGCGGCCUCUCCCACUCCAACACCUCCCAGGAGGAGCUGCGCUUCGUGGAGGGCGAGGGACAGAACACAGAGAUCGGAAUCUCUGCCGAUGAAGUCAACAACAACUGUCCAGAGACCCCCCGCAGCCCGGUGAAGAGUUCAGGUCCGGGUCUGGAUCUUCCUCUGGACCUUUCCCCGGAGAAAGCUCUGUCGCACCUGAAGAUCGGCAGCACGUUCACCUUCAGGGUCACCGUCUUACAGGCCUCCAGCAUUUCAGCCGAGUACGCCGACAUCUUCUGCCAAUUCAACUUCAUCCAUCGCCAUGACGAGGCUUUUUCCACUGAGCCACUGAAGAACACGGGCAGGGGACCUCCGCUGGGCUUCUACCACGUGCAAAACAUCACAGUGGAGGUGACAAAGUCCUUCGUGGAGUACAUCAAGACGCAGCCCAUCGUCUUCGAGGUGUUUGGUCAUUAUCAGAAACAGCCUUUCCCGCCGCUCUGCAAAGACCUGAUCAGGUCAGGAAGGUUUCCGCCAGCAGAUGACUGGUGUCCGCUGCGACCUUCCAGGAGGCAGUUCCCCAGGGUGAUGCCCUUAUCCAAACCAGUGCCGGCAACAAAGCUCAGCACUCUGACUCGCUCCACCGCAGGACCUUGUCACGCCAAAUACGACCUAAUGGCCUUCUUUGAGAUCUGUGAGCUGGAAGCUAACGGAGACUACAUCCCUGCUGUUGUUGACCACAGAGGAGGGAUGCCCUGCCACGGCACGUUCCUCUUGCAUCAGGGCAUCCAGAGGAGGAUCACAGUCACCAUCGCUCACGAAACGGGGAAUGACAUUGAGUGGAAAGAGGUGAAGGAGCUGGUUAUUGGCCGUAUUCGAAACACACCCGAGGCCGAUGAGACCAUCAUAGACCCCAACAUCCUUUCCCUCAACCUCCUGUCUUCUGGAUACUUCUGGCCAAAACACAACGACAACGUCUCCUUGGGAGUUGACCAUAGAACUUUCUACCGAUUCGAGGCGGCAUGGGACAGCUCCAUGCACAACUCCCUGCUUCUGAACAGAGUCACUCCCUACGGGGAGAAGAUCUACAUCACCCUGUCUGCUUAUCUGGAGAUGGAGAACUGCACUCAGCCGACAGUGAUCACCAAAGACUUCUGCAUGGUGUUUUAUUCCCGUGAUGCGAAGCUGCCGGCCUCUCGCUCCAUCAGGAACCUCUUCAGCACCGGCUGCCUCCGGCCCUCGGAGAGUAACCGUGUCACUGGAGUCUAUGAAGUCACGCUUUGCCACGUGGCGGACAACGGGAGUCCAGGCAUGCAGCGCCGGCGCCGCCGCGUGCUGGACACCUCGGUGGCGUACGUCCGGGGGGAGGAGAACCUGGCUGGAUGGAGGCCUCGCAGUGACAGCCUCAUCUUGGACCACCAGUGGGAGCUGGAGAAACUCAGUUUGCUGCAGGAGGUGGAGAAGACCAGGCACUACCUGCUGCUGAGGGAGAAGCUGGAGGCGACUCUGCUGGCGGGACAGGAUGCGCUCUACAAAGGCAGCGACAUCAGCGAUUUUGCCAAGAGUCCCGUCCUGGGCCACAGUCCCGGCAGCAGCCCGGCCUUCGACAGCCCCAACCAGAGGCAGAGGGAGCUGGCUGCCAAGUGUCUGCGUCUGCUAAUGCACACCUUCAACAGGGAGUACAGCCAGGUGAGCAGCAGUGCCAGUGAGAGCAAGCUUUCUGAGAUGUCUGCGUCGCUAAUGAGCGACUCCUCGUCCGGACUGAGCACGCUCACUCCGUCCUCCACCUGCCCAUCGCUGGUUGAAGGAAAUUAUGACAUUAGACACACUGAACCCAGUUCAGGUGCGUCCACACCUGAUCUGGACCCGUACAGCCCGGUGGACAGAAAGAAGGCCCUCAGAGGAUGCACCUUUGUUCCUGACAUACAGGAGAUCCGUGUCAGCCCCAUUGUUUCAAAAAAGGGUUACCUGCACUUCCUGGAGCCCCACACCAGCGGCUGGGUGAAGCGCUUCGUGGUGGUGCGCCGGCCCUACGUCUACCUGUACCGCAGCGAGAGGGACAGCGUGGAGAGAGCUGUCAUCAACCUGUCGUCUGCGAAGGUGGAGUACAGCGAGGACAAACAGACCUUACUGCGGACACCCAACACGUUUGCUGUGUGCACUGAGCAUCGUGGGAUACUGCUGCAGGCCACCAACGACAAAGAGAUGCACGACUGGCUGUACGCCUUUAACCCUCUGCUAGCUGGCACCAUCAGGUCAAAGCUCUCCCGGAGAAAGUCGGUCCAGUCGGUGCCGUCGGCCUUGAGGAUGUGAGAGGUGAACAGGCCUGGUGGAAAACAACAAACAGACACACAAAACAAUCCAAUCUAACGGCUCAACUCAGAACCCUGCUCUAAUGAACAUACACCCCAUAAACAACUUGUACGCAAACCCUAUGAAAUGAAAACACUCCCGAACGUCACUAUAUCGCUCGUCCCUGAAAGCAACCAAACCGUCUUUUCGCUCUCUUGUAAGUCGCCACCUUGACCCCCCCCCCCGCCCCCCGCAUGGCGUGCUCCCUCCUCACCUUUAGCAGAUACACAAGACAAACUAACCACCCAAACCUGUUAAUAAACUUUCCCCUGCUGAGCGUUGAGACCUGUUUUCAUCAGCUUUCAUGUACACAUCUGUAAGGCUACCAGACCCCUGUAGAGUUAGCAGGGAUCCGUCCCUCCUUUAUUCACAUACAUGAAAAUAAGAAAAAUAAGUCCCAGUUUUAAAUCAGCCAUUUGUUUGUUUCCAAUCAACGGCAUCGGGUGAGGGGGAAAUUCCCAACGUCCGAUGGGAUGUUUUGCUUUGUAGAGAUGUGUAAGUGCAGGGGAUGAGUUGCUCCAUACAACCAUCAUAUAUAGCAGUGGUCCCCAACCUUUUUUCACAUUGAAGUAGCAUGAGGGAUUUGUUGGGACAAAGUGGCACGUUGUCUUUACUGUGUCGUGACUUCUUUUAACCGAUUCCAAGAAAUGUGUUUGUUGGCUCGAUCAAGGCAAAACAAUCCUUCACCGGCAGAGAAAACUCACGUCCUUCCUGUCAUCGGCUUCUUUAAUGAUGUAUAAUCCCCUGUGCACAGAACUAUGAUGUAAAGUUAAUUUAUUGUGAUAUUAUAGGUUUCCUGCACUGCGAUUUAUUUGUGACGUUUUGUUGCAUGGCACUUUAUUGUCUGUAUUGAGUUUAUGCAUCUUAUCAUUUACUCAGUUAUUUUAACCAAAGCGUUUUCUAUUUUUGUUGUUGUGGUAAAUCAUUUUCCAAUGGGCUACUGUGUUAGCAGAUAUUUAGGAUAUAGUUUGCUGAUGGGGGAAAAACACUUGUUUAUUUUCUUGCCGAGAGUUAAAUGAGAAGAUUGAUGACGCUGAAUGAUGCAGGUACUGUUUUGGCAGUUAGCUUAGCACAGAGACUGGAGGUAGAGGUAGACAGCUGGCCUUGUCUAAUUUGAUUUGUGCACAAACUGACCGUUUUAGUUUUAACAUGAAAUCAAAGAUACAGAUUAGGGAGCGUUAGAGGUGCUGGCAGCCUGAUUUUUGAAGUAUUUGAUUUUCUCCCCAUCGGCCAGCGCUACGUCUAAUUGCACCUUUUGGCAAGACAGUGAAUGAAUAUGUUUCCCACACCUAUUGCACUAAAAACGUGUCAGUUAUACCUAAGUUGACCCAAGACUUUUUACGUGGUGAAUAGGCUUCUCCUGAAGCACAAUUGUUCAAAAACACAGUGUGUGGCAUUAAGGGGGAGAUCAGAUAUUAACAAAUAAUACAAAAAAUGAGGUUUUCUUUAGUGCGUAAUCAACUGAAAAUAGGAGCUGUUGUGUACUGUUCUGUCGGUCACCGUAUUUUCACACGCUGGCGCACGCGGGAGACGUUUCAGUCGGUUGAAAUCUGCAACCUCGCCGCUAGAUGCCGCCAAAUCCUUCCCACUGGCCCUUAAUCAAAUAAGCACUUCUUCUGUCUGUUACGGGCCAGCAGAGCGCACGCGGUAAAUACGUUUACCAUUCAAGUCUCAUCCAGUAGCUAAAUGGAAAGUUGUGAUCGAACACGGACCUGUUGAAGGUUGCUUUUGCGUGGGCAAGAGCGUUGUCCAUGCACCAGAUAGUGCCUCCCUUUCUUCACCUCUUUUUCUUCUCUCCCUCCUCCGUUGUUGUCUUUCACAUCAACGCUGAAAUUAGCGACACUGUCCAAGAUUAAGCUUUUAUGUAGAAUAAAAGUAGAUGCUGUGAAUCUUUUUUUUAAUAUCGAUGAUCGAUGUCAAUGUUUUGGAGAGUGAAUAUUAUCAAUGAUGCUCUAGAGUAUGUUGGUGUAGCCUGUAACAGUGCAGUGUGUGUCUCAUUAUCAUACCCUGUAAAUGUUGCAUUAUAAAAAGUAGUCCCCCUCUUAGCUGUUGUGCUGUUGCUGCUAAUGUAGAUCUGUAAGCUUGUGUCAGAAACCAGUACGGUAUGAUUAGCUUGGUGUUAUGACUUCAAUCUCCAGGGAUGGUUUCUAGAUGCUUUUACGUGCUCUGUGUUAUUUUGCUUUAUACCAAGAUGACCCCAAAAGUUGGUUUGAGAUUCAUAGCAUUAGUGGAAAUACUUCAACAAGAAAUUACAUUUAGAGUAAUUUAGAGUAAAGAGUUUUUACAGUGGACAUGAUAAUGUUUUCUAUUGCAUUGUUUGCAUCUAAAGGCAAAUUAAUUGCAUUUGUUUUUCACACUCUUUUUUUGUUGUAACUCCAAGACGUGGUCAGCCAACCAUUUCGUCUCGCCCUUUUUCCUCUUGGUUACGUACAUCUUUUUGCUAAACCUGAUUUAUGAUCGGAUUACUGAACGUGUUCAGGACUGUGCACCACAGGCCAAACAACCUGAUGAGCAAAGCAGCCGAGUAUUGAUCGAAUCUGUUCAAAAUCUGACUUAACAAAAAGUCUUUAACUUUGAUGUUACAUAGGACUUCUUUUAUUAUUAAUCAAUAUGCAGUCUGUUAGCAAAGUGUGAAUUGGGAUUACAGUUUUCCUUUCUGGGUCAUUUUGGUAUAAUCAACUUUGUUUUAUAGAUAUAUAUAUACAUACUAUAUAGAGAAAGUUUAGAAGAAUGGAUUGAUCAUGUUCUUAAACUAUAUUUCACUCAUACACAAGGGACCCUUAUUUUCAGAAUGUAUGGAAAGUACUGGAUUUGACUUUAAUACCACCCUGUCCUGAAGGUGAUUAUGUAACUCUGCCUUUUUUGCUUCAGCAAUCAAACCACCAACAACGUCGCACCAAACUGCAUUGAUUUUCGUUUAGUUUUGUGUGGAACUUGCAGAUGACUCCCAAUGCUUCCAGCAUUAACGGUAUAACGUUUUCAAAAUACUCUUUGUGAGGCAGUUUUGAUGCACUGGGCGAUACGUGUUGAAAGAGAAAUGAGUUGAUUAAUUUGCAUUUGGCUGCUUUUUGGUGUCUUAGCAUGCAGGUCCUCUUAUCUCCCGCUGUGCUCUGUCCCUCUCUCCGGCCUUACCGCUUGCUAAUGACAACAGCCCCCCCCACACACACACACGCCCCCCCUCCUGAAGUGCUGCUUGUAAAGUAUUGUCAUCCAUGACCCUUGUUUGGACAAACUGGAAACCUUCCUCUCGGCUCUGUCUUGUAUAUAAAUGGAGAUGUUCUGCGUUGGGUCUCGUGACACAGAUGAUAUUAACUCUCUCUCCCUGUAAACCAACAUCAAUAAGAAUAGCUGGCCUGCUGCUUUGUCAAGGUGGACCCGGGUCGAUGGUCCCAGGUCUGCCACUCUGCAGGAGCAGCUGUAAGUCUGUGAUGAAGUCUUAAUCUCAGUGCUCACGUUUAUCUUUUGAGUGUCCCGGAGUUCUUUAUCAUGUCUGUGGACACGUAACAAAAAUUGUCAAGAAAAAAAAUAUGGCGAAUAAAUAAAUGAGUGUUGAAAAUCAUGCAA